GAGCGGGGUGUCAUUCCCCUUUCUCAUUUCGAUAAGGCAGAUAGAGAGAGCUCGAGCGGCGGAGGGGGAGGGCGAUUCCGUCUGUUCAUGGCGAUUCUAAGCUCAUCCACCACAGGAUUUUGAUUUCUUCUCCUUUUCUUCUUCGUCCCCCAGCUCCCCUGGUUGGUUGUCCUUGUCUCUCGCGUUUUGCUCGUGCUCUCGUGGCUGUGUAGUCCCAGAUCUAGGUGAUUUUUGGUUUCGCGGAUCAGUGGUAGGUGAACUUUUUUAUCCGCGGCGAGGUGCAUGUUGCUGCCGUGGUGUUCUAGUCCGCCAUGGUUGUGCGCCUGAGUUUUUGUAGGAGCUUGCAGCGCGCCAUAGUCCUCCAUGCCGUGGUCUUGUGUUUUUUGUUGCGGACGUAGGCCAAUUCCCGCCCGGUUUGGAUUCCGUAGGCCAUUUCCCUGGGCAGUGUUCUGCUGUUGAUUUGGACGUACGCGUAGACGUAAGCUCUCUGUUGUUGAUGUGUAGGUAGGCGUGUAGGCAUUAGUUUUCAGCGGUGGAUCCCGUGGCUUGACUUCUGAAGAUCGAGUUCUGGUUGUUCUGUAUUGGGUUGUAGUUGUAGUUGUAGCCCCUGAUUUUACUCAUGUUUUUGUUCCAUGUUGUUUUAUCCCGCUGGUUACUGAAUUUCUCUGUUUCGACGUUCCAUUCUCUGUACCUACCUGAAUUUUAUGCUUCUUUUUUCAGUGUUCCCCCAUAAUAAGAGUGUAUGUUACACUGAGAUUUACCUAGUAUUGUAUUGUACCCUAUUAGCUGCAGUAUAGCUUCAUUGUACCUUGUCAUGUAUAGCUUCACUGCAACCUCAUGCUUUUCAGUGUUUUUGCCAUAGUUUCAGUGUUGAUUGCAUGAGGAUUCCUUUUUCUUGUUGAUUGUUUGGUCCAGUAGCACUGAUAUAGCUCUGAAUUUACAGCUGGCAUUGGUGUGUUAGUAGCAUUGGUCCUGUAGCAUUGGACUAGCUCUGAAUUCACUCUGUAUUUGUAACUCUGAUCUACAAUGUAGUUCAACUAGUUCUACUUUUGUUUUUUUAGUCUGUAUUGUGUCUCUGAAUUUGACUGCAAUGGCCCCAGUUGUGUUAUACUGUAUCUCUGAAAUUACUCUGUAAUGUGUAUCUGAAUUUCACUUGUAAUCCAUCAAGUUGUUAUUACGUAAAUUAUCUCUGAAGUACACUGUAAUGCGCCAGAACUACAGUCUAAUGUAUCUCUAAUUUUUUCUGAAUUUCACUGUAAUGUUAUCUGCAUCUCUAAAUUACAGUCUAAUACGCCAGUUGUGUUAUGUAAUUUGCAUCAGUAUUUAUAGUGUAAGUCCCACAGUUUUUGGGUGUAAAUUGUAUCAGCAUUUGCAGUGUCAUUCAUGCCUUUUUUAUUACUUUGUAAUUUGCAUCAGUAUUAUAGUGUAAUCUCCUCAGUUUUUUUACUGUAAUUUUGCAUCCAGCCUUAUUUGGUGUGUAAUGCCCCUCCAGUGUAAUUUGGACCAGUAUUACGGUGUAAUUUUCCAUAUUCUUUUACUGUAAUUUGCCUGAAUUUUAUAGUGUAAGUUGGAUCAGUAUUAUAGCGUAAGUAAUGUGUGUAGUUUGUUUCAGUUCUUCAGUGUAAUUACUGCUCUGAUUACUCUGUAAUUUUGAUCAGCAAUAUACUGUAAUUUGCUUCAAAUUUUUUUAAAUUCCUGCCUUGAUGUUACUGUCCAAUUUGCAUUAGUUUUAUAGUGUAAUUUGCACCAGUAUUACAGUGUAAUUUUCCAUAGUAUUUCAGGUAAUUGUCGCAAAUUACUCUGUAAGUUGGGUUAGUAUUACAAUGUAAUUUUCCAUAAUCUUUCAGUGUAAUUUCCAUAAGUUCUAUAGUGUAAUUUGCACCAGUAUUACAGUGUAAUUUUCCGUAGUCUUUCAGUGUAAUUGAUGCAUUGAUUACUUUGUAAGUUGGAUUAGUAUUACAGUGUCAUUUUCCAAAGUCUUUGAGUGUAAUUUGCAUAUGUUCUAUAGUGUAAUUUGCACCAGUAUUUACACUGUAAUUUUCCAGUGUCUUUGAGUGUAAUUUGAUGCAUUGAUUACCCUGUAAGUUGGUUAGUAUUACAGUGUAAUUUUCCGUAUCUUUUUCAGUGUAAUUUGUAUAAGUUCUACAGUGUAAUCUGCACCAGUAUUACAGUGUAAUUUCCCAUAGUCUUUUCAGUGUAAUUGAUGCAUUGAUUACUCUGUAAGUUGGGUUAGUAUUACAGUGUAAUUUCCCAGUCUUUUCAGUCUAAUAUGCGUAAGUUCUAUAGUGUAAUCUGCACCAGUAUUACAACUGUAAUCCCCGUGUGUAAUUUGAUUCAGUUAUUUUUAGUGUAAUUGCUAACUGCGUUGAUUACUCUGUAAUUUUGGUCACUAGUAUAGUGUAAUUUGCUCUAGUUUUUUCUACUUCCUGCCUUGAUGGUCUAAUUUGGACCAGUAUUAAUAGUUUAGUCCUCUUUAGUUUUAAGCUUCAUUAUCUAUGGGGAGGCUACGGAAAGUCUCUCACAAGGAUGUUCCAGAAGCUUCUUCUAUUGAGAGUUUGAUUUUUUGCAAGAUCCCUUUGUGCCCAAUGACUUUGCGGAAGAUGGUGCUAAUGUUAUGUCUUUGAGGCUACGAGUGAUGAUGGAGUACUUGACAAAGCUCUAUUCCAGUUCUAUAUGAACCAUAAAGUAAAACACCUGAAGAGGAAGUUAUCCUGUGCUGCAGGAAGGAAUGUGAGGCAGAAACGAUCUUCUGAUUUCCCCGUUUGUUCAACCUUCACUAGAUAUUCUGGGAAAUUCUUCUCAGCUGUUGUUGAUGGUUUGUGUCCUAGGUAUAAGGGUGUCAUUGAGAAUUAUGGCAUGCAUUGUCUUCUUAGGUUUGUGAGUACUGAGGUCCCACUUAGGCUUGUUAAGUGGCUUGCAUCUAGGUUUGAUGUUCUCGCUUCUGAGUUACAGUUAAAAAUGAAGUUUAUCCCCCUUACUAAGUACGACAUACAUGAUAUCCUUGGCCUUCCAGUAGAUGGUGAGCCACUUGUUUGUGACCCUGAGUCUGGUCGUGAUUUUAUCUUAUCACAUUUCAAUCAUACCAGCACUCCUCCUGUGUCCUUUUUCGCCAAGAAGCUCAAGGAUGUUGAUCUCCAGUUGCCUGAUGAGGAUGUCUUCAUUUGUUUCACGAUUGUUGCUUUCUCCACUUUUCUUUGCCCCAACUCUAGCCUCAGCCCUAGUCCAAAGUACCUGCACAUCUUUAGGGAUUGUCAGUCUGUUUGUCGCUAUGAUCUGCAAUUUGUGUAAAUUGAGCAAUGUCAGUAAACAGAAAAAUUAAAAUAUUUGUAAUCAGCAGUACCACUGCACAUAAGUACAUUAUAAUUCCAGGGACUUUUUGUGUUU